AUGGACUUUCUCCGUUCGCACGGCAUUUCUGUUCCCCAGGUCUACAGUUACUCAGCUACAUCGGAUAACGCUACUGGCACUGAAUACAUCUUCAUGGAGCUUAUCCAAGGGACGAACUUGGGUGACAUAUGGUUUGAUCUCGGUGAAAAGGCAAGAAUUACCGUUGUCACCAAACUCGUGGAAUUGGAGUCACGACUGUUUGCUCUCGAGUUUCCAGCAAGUGGUGGCUUGUAUUAUACCAAAGAUUUGCAAAGUGGAUCCGAUAAUGUCAAGGUUCCCAUCACCAGCGCGACACGCAACAGCGACUUUUGUGUUGGUCCUGAUACAAGACUCAGUCUGUGGCAUGGAAAACGGGCUGCUAUCCGGACUGAUCGUGGACCAUAUACAGAUACAGCAGCUGCACUAAUAGCCGGGGCCAAGAAGGAGAUUGCAUAUUUGACGCAGGUCGGCCAACCGCUUCACCCUUUCCAACGUCUGCGACGAAAGAUCUACAAUUAUCAAAAGCAAUCGCCUUUAGAUCAUCUUGACAGUCUGGAUAAAUACCUGCGAAUUGCGCCAUAUCUCGUUCCGAAAGAAGAAGCUCUUAUUCGACCAACGCUGAGACAUCCCGACCUCCAACCAAAUAAUGUGUUCGUCUCUGAUGAACUUGAAAUCACUGGCCUUAUCGACUGGCAACACUGCGCGAUACUCCCACUCUUUUUGCAGUGUGGUAUUCCUAGCAGCCUCCAGAAUUACGGCGACAGCAUCUCAGAAUCUCUUACAACUCCUGAACUGCCACCUGAAUUCGAUGAAUUGAGCGAGAGCGAACAGUUCGAGCAGGUCCUUCUCUUACGACGGCGUCAGCUUCACUACUUCUACGUUGCAAUGACUGCAAAACUUAAUCCAAUGCACUACGACGCCCUAGCUUCCGACUUCAGCAUUCUGAGGCGCAAACUCUUUGAUCAUGCGAGUUAUCCCUGGGAAGGCGAUAACGUCACCCUCAAAGCCGACCUCGUUCACUUGAUGAAAAACUGGUCUAAGAUUGCCGCUCCAGCCAGCGCAAGCGGUGAUGCGAAGGCCCCUUGCCCAAUACAAUUCUCAGAGGACGAAGUGCUUGAGUGUGAGCGUCUGAACGCUGCGCAAAUUGAGGCAGAUGAGCAGCUCCAGACUUGUAGGGAUAUCAUUGGCAUAGGACCCGAGGGGUGGGUACCCUUAGAGCAAUAUGAAGAGACAAAACAGCGUGAAAGAAAGCUGAAAGCUGAUGCGCUCGACGCAGCUGAGUCUGAGGAGGAACGAGCGAGGCUCUCUGAGCAUUGGAUUUUCGACGACUUUGAUGAAAGGGAGUAUUCGUAG